AUGAAAACAGUAAAUGUGCUUAAUCUAAACACGCACUACUGGGAGCAGCACAUCAAUGAAAUGCCUGAGGCAAAAUCUGGCUUUGGAUGUACUAUAAUUAGAAGAGCCAAGGAUGAUAAAAGAAUGCUUGUUAUAUCUGGAGGUCUUGGCCUCUCCUACUGGACCUUCAUGGACACCAGCAAAUACUCUUGGAAUAUAUUGGUAUCUGACUCGAAAGCUGUGUCAUAUGCUCACAUAUUACAGCUUAGUUCAAGGGAAUUCUACCUCUUUGGAUCUUAUUAUGGAUCUGAUAACAGCUAUGCUAACUAUUGGUACUACUGGCAAGAUAAUAGCAUCGAAGGGAAUGAAACUGUGAUUCAGAAAUACCAGAAGAACCGACAAUCUCCAAGACAAUUUUUUGCUGUUGCAAGUAUUCCAAGAUCUUCUCUCAUACUGGGAAACUGUGUGAAACCAUCCCCCUAGAAAAAUUCCAGAAUACGUCUCUGACGUCAGCUUGGGGAAUUGUGACCUUAUAUCUGACAUAUUGUUGUAU